AAUCGGGAGCCGGUGCCAACUCGGACUCAAGUCCCAAUUGAAUUUUGGCCCCGAUAGUUUCGUGCUUGGCAUAGUUGACCCCACUCUCUUCUUCCUUUGUCUGAAUCUCGUGGUGAUCUCUUUUUUCUCCGGCGAAAUCUACUUCUAAGUAGCUUGACAAAAUGUCUGGGCAAAGUCAGCGUUUGACUGUCGUCCCCACAGUUACGAUGCUUGGAGUUAUUAAAGCUCGCCUUGUUGGAGCAACAAGAGGCCAUGCUUUGCUGAAAAAGAAAAGUGAUGCUUUGACUGUGCAGUUCCGUCAGAUUCUAAAGCAAAUAGUAUCGACAAAGGAAUCGAUGGGAGAUGUCAUGAAAAAUUCCUCCUUCGCUCUGACAGAGGCAAAAUAUGCUGCUGGUGAGAACAUCAAGCAUGUUGUCCUCGAAAAUGUCAAGACUGCAAGUCUUAAAGUUCGAUCUCGGCAGGAAAAUAUUGCUGGGGUGAAGCUCCCAAAGUUUGAGCAUUUCUCUGAAGGAGAGACCAAGAAUGACCUGACUGGAUUAGCUAGAGGUGGGCAACAGGUACAAGCCUGCAAGGCUUCUUAUGUGAAAUCUAUUGAAUUACUUGUUGAGCUUGCGUCACUGCAAACAUCAUUCUUGACUCUCGAUGAGGCAAUCAAGACCACUAAUCGGAGGGUCAAUGCCUUGGAGAAUGUUGUGAAGCCUCGGUUGGAGAAUACAGUUACUUACAUCAAGGGGGAACUUGAUGAAUUGGAAAGGGAAGACUUCUUCCGUCUGAAGAAGAUACAAGGUUACAAGAGGAGGGAGGUUGAGAAACAGGCUGCCGCUGCCAGGCUAUAUGUAGAGGAGAAGGCUGCUGAAGACCUUUCUUUGAAGAAAGGUAUCUCGCUUGGUUCAGCCCAUAACUUACUGUCCCAUCCUUCACAGAAAGAUGAGGACAUUAUUUUCUGAUGUGGAGGUCAGCUUUUAUAAGUUAUCUGUUGUCAAAUAUAGGAAUGGAUAAUAUUAUUAGAUGGAGAGAUUUUUCCUGUUCAAUAAGAGCUCUGUGCAUGUUUGUACUUAAUGAACUCUAUGGGGAGCUGCCUCAUUGGCUAGCCGUGUGUGCUUCUUUCAAUUUUUUUGAUUCAGUGACAUCCUUGUCUUUUGUUUCCUGGAGAGCUAUUGGUUGAAAAUUCUAUUUUGCUCAUAUUAUUCACAAGA